AUGCUGCAAUCUCUGUGGGGUCGCUUCCGACAGAAGCUCAAAGCCCUGUCCAUUGAAUACAUCCUACCUCAAGACCGCUCAGCAGAAGCGUCAUACGAACUUCUCCCAACCUCGACGUCGCCAGAUCCGCAAGUCGCUAUGACAAGGAAAAGCACCUUUCCACACGCAGGCUUUCUCGUCCUUUUCCUCGUGCCCUUGCUGCUCAUCGGCGUCGUCAGUGCUGGGGCUUAUGUUGCGAGAAUACAUGAAGUCAACGACACCCUACAUGCUGUAACGGAAAUCAACCCAGAUGCCUUGGCUAUUGCGAGCCAAUUGGAUGACGAGCGCGUGGGAGGUUUGACUCGUGGGCCUCUCCAUGGGCUUCCCAUCCUGAUCAAGAACAAUAUUGCCACCAAUGACAGCAUGAACACCACAGCUGGUUCUUGGGCUCUUGUGGGAGCCAAAGUUCCAAGAGAUGCUACGGUCGCACAAAAGCUUCGAGCCGCAGGAGCUAUCCUGCUCGGCAAGACGAAUCUCAGUCAGUGGGCAAACUUUCGAUCCCUGAACACUAGCAAUGGCUGGUCAGCAUACGGAGGGCAGUCGUACGGGCCCUACUUUCCAAAAGAAGAUCCGUGGGGCAGCUCGAGCGGCAGUGGCAUAUCAUCCGCACUCGGCUUAGCUCUGGGCUGCUUGGGCACCGAAACAGAUGGCAGCAUUGUAGAUCCUGCUGAUUUCAAUAACAUUGUUGGAAUCAAACCAACUGUCGGGCUAACUUCGAGGCACCUGGUCAUCCCAAUCAGCGAGCACCAGGACACUGUCGGGACCUUGGCUAGAACCGUCAAAGAUGGUGCUCAAAUUCUGCAAAUAAUCGCCGGGGUCGAUCCACUGGACAACUAUACUUCAUCCAUUCCAGGUGGCAGUGUUCCGGAUUUUGUUGCUGCUUGUCAACUCUCUGCACUGUCCGGCGUCAGGCUUGGGAUUCCGAGCAACGUCAUAUCAAUCCUUUCCACCAACACAACUGAGCCAAUAGUCGACUCAUUCUAUGAACACUGGACGUUUUACGAGAAGCAGUUGCCGACAAUCAUUCUUGAAGCAGACUUUGUCGUCAACUUACAACAAUAUCUAAGCUCUCUGAUAUACAACCCAAACAACAUCACUUCCCUCGCGGAUUUGCGUCGUUUCACUCAGUCCUUUCCUCUGGAAGACUAUCCGGAUAGAGACACUGGUGUGUGGGAUGCUGCGCUCCAGAACUGGAACAACACCUCCCCCCAAUUCUGGCCUGCCUAUCAGCAGAACUUGUUCUACGGUGAUGAUGGGGGUCUUCUCGGCACACUAAAGAGCUAUAACCUCGACGCCGUUAUCCUGCCAACACAUUUCUCUUCUAGCUUCGCUGCUACUGUCGGCGCCCCAAUAGUGAGUGUGCCAAUGGGCUUUUAUCCCAUUGGCUCCCCAGUUUCGAAGAAUUCGUGGAACUUGAUUGAAGCUGCUCCAAAUAUCCCGUUUGGGCUGAGUUUCCUCGGGGCAAGAUUCGAUGAUGCGAAACUCAUAGGCAUGGCUUAUGCAUACGAGCAAAGGACUCAUGUCAGGGAUAAGGUGUCACCGUACAUUGUGCCCGAGACGGAGAUUGGGGAUGUUCUAUGGACCUGA